AAAAAUUUCCAUCGCCAAGGAGGUUGUUGUCUCGUUGGUUGUAACGAAACCAACUACUCUGUGCUAGUGUGGGUAAACCAACCAGACUCCUGCGUAGCAAGAGGAGAAGAAGAAUCAUUCACUUCUGUUUCUUCAUGCUCAUCUCGCUCUCAUCGCAAAAUCACAUUCUUUCUUCUUUCGUUAUUGGGAAGAACAAUGAUUCUCCAAUUAAUUUCAGGGCCUUCAAUCUCUUCAACAAUCCAAACUCAAAUCAAAAUCCAAUUCCCAAUCCCAGUCCCACCGCUCAGGCUCCCAAAGUCAUCCCACUAUCACAGUGAUUGUUGGCCUGUGAGAAUUUGGUCCAGCGCCGCGGAAUCAGCCUCGUCAAAGAUGGAUUUGAAACAAGAAGCCCCACCGGCGCCGCCACGGCCCGUUUCAAACAUUUCAUCUUCGUCUUUGUUGGCAACUGCGCAGCUUCAGGAACCGAAUGGUGGCAAAACGAAGAGGCCAUACACGGGAAUGGGGCCUUAUACCGGCAGAGAUCCCAACGUCAAGAAGCCGGAGUGGUUGCGGCAGCGAGCGCCUCAAGGACAGAGGUUUGAAGAGGUUAAGGACUCAUUAUCUCGUUUGAAUCUCCACACAGUCUGCGAGGAAGCCCAAUGCCCAAAUGUCGGAGAGUGUUGGAAUGGAGGUGUUGAUGGUAUUGCAACUGCAACAAUUAUGCUCCUUGGAGAUACUUGCACCCGUGGCUGUAGAUUUUGUGCAGUGAAAACCAGCAGAAAUCCUGCCCCACCUGAUCCAAAGGAACCGGAAAACACUGCAAAGGCUGUUGCGAGUUGGGGUGUGGAUUAUAUAGUGUUAACAAGUGUUGACCGUGAUGAUCUACAUGAUGGUGGAAGCAGCCACUUUGCGCAGACUGUUGCAGCUAUGAAGAAACUCAAGCCUGGGAUCAUGGUUGAGUGUUUAACAUCUGAUUUCCAGGGUGACUUAAAUGCUGUUGCAAAACUUGUUCACUCAGGAUUAGAUGUGUUUGCACAUAAUAUUGAGACUGUGAAACGUCUCCAGCGGAUUGUAAGAGAUCCUCGGGCAAGGUACGAGCAGAGCUUGUUAGUUUUGAAACAUGCAAAGGCUAGUAAGGAAGGGAUGAUAACGAAAACUUCUAUUAUGUUGGGCCUUGGAGAAUCUGAUGAUGAAUUGAAGGAAACUAUGGCUGAUUUAAGGGCCAUUGAUGUUGAUAUUUUGACACUAGGACAGUAUCUGCAGCCGACUCCAUUACACCUGACUGUCAAGGAAUAUGUUACCCCUGAAAAAUUUGCUUUUUGGAAGGAGUACGGAGAGUCUAUAGGAUUCCGUUAUGUAGCCAGUGGACCCCUGGUUAGAUCGUCAUAUAGGGCUGGAGAGCUCUUUGUUAGGACAAUGGUGAGAGAAAGGACUGAGCAAACUUCUGGCAUUUCCUAGCAAUUCUUGGUCAUUGUUCAAUUUGUUGAGGGUGGAUUUUAAACAUGGCUAGAGCUUGGCAACAUAAGCUGGUGCGGUUGGGGUUUCUAUACCCAUCAUUCUGGUUCUUGUAAUUUUGUGGAAUGCUAGCGUUUCAGUCAGGCACACAUCCAUCCAAAGUAAUAGGGGCCGUGCCAAUAGGAGGCAUUGUAAUUAUGACUUAUCCUAUAUGCAUAUUUUCCUCCAUACAGAGCGUGUCGAUUUGUGAAUGAUGAGAAAGAUUACAUAUGUUGAUGCUCGUAGUGGUUCUUAUUGGUUAGCUGGUGUUAUUUUCAUGCAUGACUUGAGGAUCCAGUUUGGCAUGCUCUACCAAGAGGUCAGCCUAAAGGUUGUCUACAAUUUUGUGCAAGGGAAAAACAGUUCCCGACAUCUUUGAUGUUUCACAAUCUUGUAUGCAUUAAUCUAGUUUGGUACUUUCUACCCAAGGAAUGUAAAGAUUUUGUCAAGCAUUGUUUGGUAACACUUGAAAAAUAUUAAAUAUUGCAAUGAAUAAUUUUCUAAAGCUAUUGAUGCCCCAAAA